CUUAGUUGAGCUAUUUUGUCCCUUUCCGCUCUCCGUGCGAAGACCUGGGCGGAGAGCGCUACAGCUAUGGCGGCCGUUAGGAUGGGAAAGCUGACAACUAUGCCAGCAGCUCUAAUAUGUGCAUCUAUAAAUGUGCAUGCGGCCAAAGAAGAGGAGUUCAGAAAGCAUCUAGUGAAACCAGAGCAGCUCCCCAUAUAUACUGCACCACCUCUCCAGUCUAAAUAUGUUGAUGAGCAGCCUGGUCAUCUACAAAUGGGCUUUGCAUCCAUUCGCACUACAACUGGUCAUUAUAUUGGCUGGUGCAAGGGUGUUUAUGUCUUCGUGAAAUAUGGGAUAAUGGAUACAGUGCAAUUUGGAAAAGAUGCAUAUCUCUAUUUGAAGAAUCCACCUCGAGAUUUUCUUCCGAAAAUUGGAGUGAUUACAGUUUCAGGAUUGGUAGGCUUCAUUUCAGCGAGAAAAGGUUCUAGGUUUAAGAGAAUUGCUUAUCCACUGGGACUGGCCACUUUAGGAGCAACUGUUUGCUACCCUGUUCAAUCAGUAAUAAUUGCAAAGGUAACUGGGAAAAAGGCAUAUGCCAGAAGCCAGCAAAUUUAUGAAGCAGUUAAAUCAUUGUGGACAAAAAACAACAAAAAAGAGUCACUUCCUGAACCUAAAGAAAAAUCUAAGCUAGGAAGCUCUGAUGAAAUAGAAAUACCUGCAAAAACAACUCACAACCUGAAACAUUCAGUGCCUUUCUCAACAGAACUCAGCUCUGAAGCAAAGACCAAAUCAGAAUCCACCUCAGUCUGUGUAUCUUUUUAGGUUAUGAGGUACUCAGGUGGUACACAGUUUAUGCCUGACCCCAAGCUCAUGGAUCACGGGCAGUCCCAUCCAGAAGAUGUAGACAUGUACAGCACUAGAAGCUGAAAUAGUCUGCAUAGAGAACUACAAGAUGUGUGAAGUUGCAAAUAACAAUGAAAACAUGUAAUGGGUAACUGUGAUGCACGGAGUAUAAUUUGAACCAGGUUUUUCCCUUACAUCUUCUAGUGUACAGUUAGACAAUUCACAUAAGUGAUAAAAACACAAAUUGAAUACAAUCCGAACAAUAUUAAAUGGUCAAUGAGGAGGCAGAGGUAGAAGUAUUAGGAUGCAUUUGGUGAUAUUUAAGGGUAUUUUUUAAAAAGUAAAAAUAAAUAUAUGGGAUCAACAUGAGAAGAUGGUGGAAGACUAAGACGCAGAGAUCACCUUCAUCCCCACAGAUACAUCAGAAAUAUAUCUACACGUGGAACUGCUCCUAUAGAAAACCCACUGAACACUGACAAAAGACCUCAGACCUCCCAAAAGGCAAAAAACUCCCAACGUACCUGGGUAGGUCAAAAGAAAACAAAAUAAACAGAGACAAAAGAAUAGGGACGGGACCCACACCAGUGGGAGGGAGCUGUGAAGGAGGAAAGGAU